AUGCCCAUAACGUAUGGCCCGUCAGUAAUUUCCGACUUCGGUGCUGCUCGUCUCAGGAAACCUGGCGAGAAGUGCUCUGGCGAUGUCAUGCCGGGAGUGUAUAGAGCACCCGAAAUCAUUGUUGGCGCGCAGUGGGGUUCUAAAGUAGACAUAUGGUGUAUUGGCGUUAUGGCGGUCGCCUUUUUCGCGCUGUCAAAGAUGGCCGUCUUGACGACGAAUAGCACCUUGCCGAGAUGGUCUUUCUUCUUGGUCCUUCAGCCAAAGGAGUUCCUGGAGAUGAGCGAAAAGUGCCGACACGAUUGGGAUGUAGAUGGCUGCUGGAUUGCGUCCACACCCAUCCUAGACCGAAGCAUCGAGAGUCAUGAGACGCGUCUGGAAGUCAAGGAAAAAGAGCUUCUUGUGGCAUUAGCUAGAAAGAUCCUGCGCUAG